AUGCCCCUCCCUCAUGCCGCUCCUGAAGCCCCUGAUGCCCUGCUCGCCCCCUGUGGAGGGGCUCGGCAUCAGCUCUACUCCCUCAUCGGGCUCCUCGUCGCCUGGGCCCUGUGCCUCAGCUGCUGCCUGAGCCCGUGGGCAGAGAUGCGGUCAGAGCUGGUCGAGGUGGAGCGUGUUAGCGUGAGCUUAUGGUCUGUGUGUGUGGUCCAGGACUCCGCCUUCACCUGUAAACCUCACGGCUCACUUCUCAACAUGCCCCGCCCCCUCAUUAUGGGGCGUGGCCUUCUGCUGGGGGCGCUACUGAGCGGAGCGGCGACCUUUGCGGUUCUGGUGCCAGGACUCAGCCUGGUGCACACAGAGAAGUGCGAGUCCAGAGUGGCACCCUCCUGUGGCCUGAAGCGCAGACUGCGCGCUGUGGGAGCGUGGCUGUGUGUGGUGACAUCACUGUUGGAGGCGUGUCCUGUGACAUGGGCGGGGAUGGAGACGGCGCGGCGCCACGCAGAGGAUGCCAUGUUGGCGGGGCCUCGCUGGGAUCUGGGGGCGGGGCUCUUCAUGGGCUGGGCCUCUGCUGCAAUCUAUGUGGGGACUGCAGGGGCGCUGUGGAGCUCUGUGAGGGGGGGCGGGGCCAGAGGGGGGAGGGGAGAAGCAAGCGGGCAGAGGAACGGGGCCAGGCAGGAGUACGUCUGA